UGUGAAUUGAGAUUCUGAGAAUGCCUGGGGCGGGGUUCAUCACCAGAGACAUCGCCAAGUCGCCCGAGUCAAACUAUCUUCCGUCUGUCAGCCCAUUACUCGGAGGUGCCUAUAUGGGGAUCUCAAAUAGAGCCUUAUAGGUUAUACGAGGCUGAAUGUUUGUAAAUUAUUGUGGUAAAACGUCGGUUUGGACUGUGCCGCAUUUUCUUCGCUCAUUAUCGGCCUCAACACCAUCUUUCUCAUUGCACUCUUCACUUUCAUUUGAGACCUGCCAUUGAUCUCAGUACCUUUCAUGAUUCUUCAAUCGUCAACAUCACCUUUUUCUUGAACAACGAGGCAUCAUCAUGGCAGAUCCUCGACGUGCAGAAUGGUUCCUCUCCAAAGCCUCUCUUCAACCCCCUCCCCGUCUCGGCCGUCUAACCGAACCACCCGCCCAAGAUUUCCUCCCAUUCACCACUACCAACCGCGAUGCAGCUCGCCAGCUCCUCGUACAACAGAGAACAUCGGAUCCCAACUACAAACCCCCAGAUCGACAAAAGCGACAUCUCUUCCGCUCCAAAGAACAAAAAGCUGAAGCCUGCAACACUUCACAAUGGAGCUUUGCGAAACACGAAGUCGCGAAAGCCUUUGAUGUUUUAUUGGCACAGGAGACACUCCCACCAGCUGGUGUUGCGCAAGCUCUUUUGUUGCAUACGACACUGACCUCGUUGGAUGAACUUUGGGGUCAUUUGAAUGAUGCGCAGUUGGAGAAGAGGAUGAAGAGGAAUAGGAUGAGCGAGAUCUUGAGCUUCGAUUCAAAUAGCAUGACGUGGUUGGAUACGGCGACUUCUCGUGAUAACUUCAACUAUGUUCACUUGUUGUGCCAAACACAAGCGAGCCAAGGAGUCUUGAACAGGGCGUUUGGCAUGGCCUUGUCCAGAUCAUCUCUCGAGUCUAUGAAGCUUCUGUUGAGCUUUGGAGCUGUGGCAUCCGGUUGCCAAGAUCUCAUCAGCCAGCAUAUUCGAGCCCGGAACUUGGAGUUGGUGAGUUUGCUACUAUCAGCACCUAACUCAAUGGCUCCCUCGGAUUGGAAAGCAUGCCUUGAACAAGAUUUCGCAAGGGCAGAAGCAGGAGAAGCUUUGUCUCUCUCAUUUAUUCUCCUGCUCCUAUCCCACCGCCCAGAACUGGUCUCGGAGUCCUUUCUUCUCAGUGCACUAAGACUACAGAGCUACCAAGCCACAGCUGUGAUAUUGGGCUACGCAUACUCCAAUCAGGUCUUCUUCGCCAUUCGUCACCAGGUCUGCGAAAUCGUUUCUCAAUACCAGAAUGGCAACCAGAGGCUAGCCUUCUUUACUCUCCUAUCUCAUUCUGGUCUUGUCGGAGACAACUUGGUCACUCGAGAAGAGCUUGUCAAGGAAGUACUCGCUCGCCACUUACCACUUGUCAAUCUGCUUGUGCAUGCUGGUGUCGCGGUUGAUGUCCCUCCACACAAUGCUUUGAAAUGGGCUGUCUCACAACUAGACUUUGACAUGCUGGAAAUUCUUAGACACGGGAAUCUUUUGUCGCCUGCAUCCCAAGUACUGGGCUACCUGCCCGAUAACAUCCCAGAGCCUGGCAUGGUCCAUUUCAUGAACAUGUUUGGAUCUAUGGGUCUGGGAGGACAACAGCUUGACUCAUGCCUAGUGCGUGCUGCGCAGAGUAAACAACAACACCUUGUCGAAACUCUGCUCCAUUACGGCGCAUCCGUCGAGGCUAAGGAGGCUGCUGCCAUCCGCGCAGCUAUCAUAUCUGCUGAUCUGUAUGUGCUCAGCGUGCUUCUACAAGGGCAGUGUGCAUCGGCUAUACUUUCAACGCUUAUUCCUACCGCCAUGGAGAUAUCACCAAGAACCAUGAGGUUCGGUGUGAUGCAAUGUCUCAUUAGAAAAGGUGUUGAAAGACAGUCACUUGGCACCGCUCUGCUGCAGCUCAUAUUUGAAGAGGGCGAUAUCGACUCUGACCUCAUCAAGCUUCUUAUCGACAAUGGUGCGCCGCUGGAUUCUACCUCAGACGUUGAUACUUCGCCACUUAUACAGGCUACGAAGAAAGGAGAUGUCACAGCCCUAAACAUGCUCUGCAGCGCGAAGCCCACGGCGGGGGAAUUGGCUGCUGCUCUUCCCUUUGCGUUCAACACUAUUGCGGCCUUUGGCUACGAUGUUGCGCUUGAGCUAAUGACCCUGCUUCUCAAGCAAGGCGCAUCUGGUCCGCCAGUACACGAAACAUUGCUUAAGGCAAUUACAUCAGACGUACCACUCGGCUUUGUGCAGUUGUUGACCGAGCACGGCGCUAAUGUCAACUAUGCAUCUGGUCAGGCUUUCGUGCGAGCCAUUGAGAUGGACAAGUCUUCACUUCUGGAGCUGCUUUGCUCGUCGUUCCCGCCAGACCAAAUAACCGUCCAUGCAGUUCUACCAAUACUCAUCGACCCAAAGCACUACAACCUCUCUAACAUUGAGCUCUUCCUGAGCGCUGCUUCACGAGCUACUCCAAAGCCAUCACUCACAAAUACCUAUGCUCUCAUCAAAGACCACCCACAACGUUCAGAGCUCUUACCGUGUCUUCUUCGCCAUGGUCUAGACAUCAAUGAAGAAUCUGGUAUGAUUCUCUGCCUUGCUGUCCGAGAACACGACAUGGAUCUCAUCAAGUCAAUUCUUGCUCUCGACCCGGGUGCCGCUACGCUCUCCAACGCCUUUCGCGAGGCAUGUCAAGUCGAAGAUUCAGAUUUGAAACUUGAUCUUAUGGAGCGCCUACUAGAAAAGGCUUCUCCAGCUGAGAUCGGACAGUCUAAGGCACUGCUGCAAGAAACCCAAGCCGCUCUCGAUGGAGACAUGGAUGGACUUUGGUUACUCCUAGGCCACAAAGCUAAUGUCAACUUCAACAACGGCGAAGCUGUUCAAGCAGCUGCAUCGAAUAGCGCAGGGUACCCAAUUAUCCUCAACAUGCUUCUCUCAGCUGGUGCUACAGACGUUACCGUCGAGGAGGCAUUUGACGCUGCUAGCAACGCAGAUACACCAGCAAGCAUCAAAGCGGGUAUCUUUGGAAGUCUUUUUGCUUUCCAUAAAGAGAUCUCAGUUGAGAUUAUAUCUCGAGCUUUUGUCAAGGUGCUUGAAAGCCACCCUGAUGAUGAGCACCUCCCAAACCUGUUAUUAGAGCAUGGUGCUGGUGCUCAAGUACAGCUCGCGACACUGGAGGCUGCAGCUGAAGCAUCUCCAGGCGGACUGUUUCUGAAGCUUCUGCGACAGGUCUCCGACUAUACCAUGCGUAAUGAGAUUUUCGAGUAUAUCCGAAUGCACACUAGUAUGGAGUCGGCGCACAGACACGAGGCCUAUGAGACCCUCCUGAAGCAAGGUAUAGCCGAAUCCCAGAUCUCUGAUGCCCUUGUAGUGUCAAUUAAGAACGAUCCUACUAAUCGGGAAAUUCCUAUGUUGCUCCUCAACAACGGCGCCCAGGUCAACUAUAAGAACAACGAAGCGUUCGCCGCAGCAUUUCAGUCCCGAAACUUGGAGAUGUUCGAACUCCUUUGCUGUUACCUCGUGAAAGGCGAACAUGAUGAAGCAGCGAAGCUCGUCUUUGAGCAUCCAUAUCUACGAGAGAAUCCUUCCGUUACUGUUGAUCAGACUGUUCGCGUGAAUAUCUACAGGAGUGUUCUAACUUGCAACAUUGACCCCAAGAGCAUCUACACUACGCUCGUUCACUUCCUCGAUUCACCGGAAUCCAGCCUUCCCAUUGUGGAACUUCUGCUCCAACAUGGUGCCAAUCCCAACGACGAGGAUGGGCAUUGCUUCUACCUCGCAGCACGACACAAAGAGGAAUCUCACUUCCGAGCGUUGUGCAAAUACGCAGAACUAUCCAUUGUCCUACCCACGCUUUCACGCCGCAUUGUGAAAGAGCACAACGUGACGCGAUGGUUCAAAAUCUGUCUUGAGAUGCAGCCAUCCCAAAUUGCCGGACUUUCAGACCAGCUUUUGUAUCAGUGUAUACGCAAGUUUCCGAAUGGAACUGAUUGUCUGGAUGUACUGUUGGGGGCGGGCUUGUCGCCUUCUGCGACGAUUAGUUAUCGUCUGCAUAAGAAUUGGGUGGAGGAGGAGAUUUCGUUGCUUAUUUGGUGUCUUGUGUCCCCAUUGAAAACAGGGAAUAGUGUUAUUCUUAAGUUGUUGGAACACGGAAGCAAGGCUUUGCCAGACUACGUGACACCAGACUCCAAGAUACCCACCAUCUUUCUCACACUCCUCAACAAGUCACGAGCUCCCGUUCUAGAAGCUAUGCUCAAGCUCGAAAGCACCAAUAUCCUCAAUGAGACCAUCUCCGGAUCCAAGUUCAGCUCUCUGGCUUCAUAUCCCAAGAAGCCUAAACUUGAGUUCACAACUCUCUUCGAAGACGACGACGAGAUCUCACCACGUGAAGCAUCACUCUUCCUCGGCAAUCUUGACGCCUUCAAGUUACUCAACAAAUCCAUGCUCCCUGACGACGGCACCCUUCAUCUAGCAGCUCUCCUCGCCCUCCCCGAUUUCACAGAUUGGCUUCUCGAAACCCACGAGCCAAACUAUGAGGAAGAAAACUUUGGCUUCAUGGUUCCCCUGGCACUAACAUGCUACUCCAAACCCUUUCCUUGGUGUAAAGUUGCCAACGAGGAACAAGAGUGGUUUUCUCGUUUAGAGGAGACUAUGAAGAUUCUGAUCCCAAAAACAUUGUCCAGCUGGAGAUAUCGGCAGAAACUUCCGUUGCAUCUUGCACUGGAGAAUGGGAGCCAGGUUACUAUGGCUAUGUUGAACGUGCUGAAUGUGAGGGGUAUCGGGAAUAGGGAUAAGUAUUUGUAUACGGAUAAGACGGGUAUGCAUUACUCGCCUUGUGAGUAUGUUGAGACGUUUGUGGAGGUUGAUGAUGAGGAGAAGGGCAAACUGGUUAAAAUUCUUCAGGAGCAUGGUUUAAACUGAUUAGGGAUGAUAUAUCUAUUUUCUUGUAUCUAUUUGUUCUGCAUUUAUAUACCCAUGAUUUUCUAUCCUAUAAACACAUGAGAUAGCUGAGGCUCG